AUGCCUGGCUGCCUGCCCCUACGCGCACCUAGCAGAGAGAGUGUCGAGACAAGCAUUGAGCCUCGCUCUGCUGCGAUACUCCCUCGCGCCGUGCCCGACAAGAAGGGAAUCAUGUUGAUGAACCGCAUCAAUCCAUCAUCGUCACAGCUGUACAUUGCGAAUGCGGACGGUUCCAACGAGCGCUCUUUGCUGGGCGAUGACUCUGAUUACGAAUAUCACGCUUCAUUCUCCCCGGAUGGCAAGCACGUUAUCUUCACUACCGAACGCAACGGCGAUGGCAAUUCCGAUGUCUAUAUGGUCAACGUCGAUGGCACCGGUCUGAGACCAGUCGCAACCACACCCUCAGUCGAAGAUGCGGCAGUCAUCUCUCCUGAUGGCAAGUAUGCCGCCUACGCCUCCACGGCCGGUGUCUACACCUCCAACAUCUGGCUUACAAACCUCGAAACCGGCGCAACCCGCAACCUCACCAACCAGACCGGUGUGACGGGCAACCCUGAAUCGCCGAAUGGAUUCUUUGCGCCGGCUUGGUCGCCUGAUGGGAAAUGGAUCGUCUUUUCUUCUGAUCGCAACACUGCAUGGACUGGUCACGACAACGGCACUGGCUGGGAGCACACUCAGGAAUUGGCUCUGUAUGCUAUUACCCCCAAGGGAACUGGUUUCCGAAAGCUGUACGGCAAAUCGGGCUUCACCUACGGUUCCCCCAGAUUUUCCCCAGAUGGCAAGCGGGUUACCUUUUACGAAAUGGAUGUGCAAACUACUUGGGAUGCGCGGUCGUCAUUCGCUGUUAACUCCACGACCAACCAAAUCGUUUCGGUGGACUUCAAAACAGGAACCGAUUUUGUCCGACACACCAAUACUCCCGGUAUCAAGAUUUACCCGCAGUAUGUCUCGAACAAUAAUAUUGGAUACUUGCUGAAGGGCGGAGAAGAGGGCGGUAUUCACUACACGUCCACCUCGAAGAAGAUUCUGGGCGGCAUGCGCUCACCUGCGUGGUCCCCUGAUGGCAAACACGUUGUCUACGAGAAGACUGGCUGGGAGACCCGGGCUUUGCAGAAGAAACUGUGGUCCUGGGACUCGGAGUGGGAGUAUCACUUCAUGGACGUGUUCCCUGCACUUUCUCUCCAGGGAGACUUGGCCUUCACGCUCAAGCAGACGGGUAGCCCCGGCAACUCCUCCGUGGUAACGAUGCCACCCGGAGACACCGAUUUCACUGUUGUAUUCGAUACCUACGAAACCGGUCAACUUGACGAGGCCACCGUCGGCCACGGUGGAGGCGGUGCUUUCCAGCCCUCAUGGUCCGCUAACGGAGAAUGGCUCACCUUCGGCCUUGGAAGCUGGUUCCAGAGUCGUGGCGAGAAGCCCGGCUGGAUCUUCCGAGCCAAGGCUGACGGAUCAAGCUACGAGCAACUCACCUUCGGUGGCAACACUACCAACAAGGGCUUCCCUAGCUUCUCCCCUGAUGGCAAGAAGAUUGCCUACCGCGAAUGGAUGCCUGAAUUUGGACUGCGUCUGCUCGAUCUCGAGACCAACGAGACGACUUCUCUGACCACAGAGCGUGAUAACCUGCCAUUCUUCUCGCCGGCUGGCGACUGGAUCCUGUUCACGCGCAACAUGACCGAUAUCUCCAGGAACGAGUUCUCCAACUACGAGGUGUGCAUUAUCCGUCCCAAUGGAACGGAUUUGACCGUGCUCACCACGUCGUAUGCCAACGAUGCCCACGCUGUCUGGACUGCCGAUGGCCGCAUCAUGUGGUCGAGUGGAAUGUGGGGAUUCCAGGCUGAGGCUGCGACCUACGAUGAAACGUUCCAGCCCUAUGGCCAGAUCAUGAUCAUGAAUGUUGAUGGAUCGAACAAGACCGUUCUCACUGAUAGCUUAUGGGAGGAUUCGAUGCCUACUUAUAUACCCAAUGCCUUUUUGAGGCAGUGA